AUGUUGGCUGCGGGUAGAUGCCGCGGGGGCCGCCAUCUUAGCCCGCCCGCCCGUGGGCGGGAUACCGGGGCCGAGGGGCUGCGCUGGGGCCGGGGACCCCCUUUCCGGCAGCCCCGCGCCAGGCAGGCAGUGACUGUGUUCUUAAGCACGUUGACACCAAAAUUCUACUUUGCACUUACUGUGACUUCGUCUUUUAUUUCUGGACUGAUAUUUGUAUUUGAGUGGUGGCACUUCCGAAAAUACGGCACGUCUUUCAUCGAGCAGGUGUCUGUGAGUCACUUAAGGCCCCUCAUCGGCGGAGUAGAAAACAGCCCUGCAGCCCCUGUCACGUUCUCGGCGAGCAGUGGAGAGAGCGAGACAAACAGGCAGAAUUUGCCAGAGUGCAAAGUAUGGCGAAAUCCUCUCAAUCUUUUCAGAGGGGCAGAAUACAGCAGAUACAUGUGGGUGACUGGGAAGGAGCCUCUUACAUACUACGACAUGAAUUUGUCUGCUCAAGAUCAUCAGAACUUUUUCACAUGUGAUACAGAUGCCCUUCGCCCUUCAGAUACAGUCAUGCAGAAAGCAUGGAGAGAGAGAAACCCCCAAGCCCGGAUUAAAGCCGCUUAUCAAGCUUUAGAACUGAACAAUGACUGUGCAACUGCCUAUGUCCUCCUGGCUGAGGAAGAAGCAACAACUAUUGUAGAUGCUGAGAAGUAUUUUAAACAGGCUCUGAAAGCAGGAGAAACAAUUUACAGGAAGUCUCAGAACUGCCAUUCCCAAAGUCCCCAGCAUGAAGCACAGCUCAGAAGAGACACCAAUGUAUUGGUGUAUGUGAAAAGGAGGCUAGCUAUGUGUGCAAGAAAACUUGGAAGAAUAAGAGAAGCUGUAAAAAUGAUGAGAGAUUUAAUGAAAGAGUUUCCGCUUCUUAGCAUGCUGAAUAUUCAUGAAAACCUCCUGGAGGCACUGCUGGAGUUACAGGCCUAUGCAGAUGUCCAGGCAGUUUUAGCAAAGUAYGAUGAUAUCACUCUUCCAAAAUCAGCAGCAAUAUGUUACACAGCAGCCCUUUUAAAAGCCAGAGCUGUUUCAGAAAGGUUCUCCCCUGAAACUGCCUCCAAAAGAGGGCUUAGCACAGCAGAAAUAAACGCUGUGGAAGCAAUUCAUAGAGCUGUGGAAUUUAACCCUCAUGUUCCAAAGUAUUUGCUAGAAAUGAAAAGCCUAGUCCUACCUCCAGAGCAUAUUCUGAAACGAGGGGACAGUGAGGCAGUAGCAUAUGCUUUUUUUCAUCUCCAGCACUGGAAGAGGAUAGAAGGGGCUCUAAAUCURUUACAUUGCACGUGGGAGGGCACAUUUAGGAUGAUCCCCUACCCAUUAGAGAAAGGCCAUCUUUUUUAUCCUUAUCCAAGUUGUACAGAAACAGCAGACAGAGAGCUGUUGCCAACGUUUCAUGAAGUCUCCGUGUAUCCGCAGAAGGAGCUUCCCUUUUUCAUCCAUUUCACAGCAGGCCUCUGCUCCUUCUCAGCAAUGCUCGCCCUCCUUACACACCAGUUCCCUGAGCUCAUGGUAGUUUUUGCUAAAGCUGUGCUGCGGGUGCUCUGGCCCGUGAGCGCACCCAGCGUCCUGGCAUCCAGCUGAGAGGCGCCCACCAAGCCGAGCCCAGCAGUUCUUUGGGACUCMGCAUCCUGACAGAAACACAGAGAUGCUGGUGCUGUCUGGACCCUGGCAGGACCUGUCUGGACCCUGCAGUCCGAGUGGGACCAGCUUUCAGGAUAGUUUGAUUCCACUCAUCUCAUGAGCAUCACCUCCAGCAUCCACUGGUGUUAGCUGGAUGGGGGGAAGCAAGGAAAGCUGUGUUACUCAACAGGAUUCCUUUCACAGGCUUCUACAUUGGUAAUGGUGCUUAAUGUUAUGAAUUUCUUUGACCUUAAAGCCUGUAAUCAUCUAAGGAAAUGUUUUCUGUUGAGCAAUAUCUUAUUGCUCUCUUAAUCACUUUUACAACUAGAAGCUAAUGCUUCCUUUAAAAGAAAUGAAAGAACACAAAUUGAGCAGAUGUUUUGAGUA